CUGUGUUGUGUAGCUGGGGGUAACACACAAAGUAUAUAUGUUAGUACUGGCACUAUAGACACUGAGGCUGGUAUUUUUGGACAUGUGUUUUUGUGUAUUGCGACUAAUUAAGGGGCUGGGCUGACAUGACUGCCACUGUAUCCAAUGUCUAUCCAGUGUUUACUAUAUUGUUUGGCUGGCUAAGUAGCUGCUGUUUAAAUUCCCCCAUGCGUGAUUGAGACGUAUUAUCUACAGCUCUUGUAUCAUGUGGCUCUGGACAGCCAAACUAUAGGUAUCUGUUCACUCAAAAGACAUAGGAGAGAGGGGGAAAAACGUCAGAAUAUUGGAAUAUUAAAGAGUUUUUAGUGAAUUAUCUGAAAAGUUUCUGGAAAAGAUGUAUUAUCUGAAGUUAUGAACUUUGCUGCAAGCUUAGCAUACCUGUGAGAUAAAAAGUGGGAGAGAACUUAGUUUGAAUGCUGGAUGAUGUUCCAACAGUGGAUUAAUUAAGUUGUGAAGAUGUGUUUAGUAUUUAUCAUUUAAUCAACGAAUGUGAGAAGACACAAGGGGACACAUUGUAAUCUUUUUCAUAGAAAAUUGAUUAGUAAACCUUAGUUACACCUGAGAGCCAGGGAGCAGGUGGGAAGUAGAUUUUUCCUCCACAGUUUUUGAUUGGGAUUAGCAGACGUAGCGUUCUGUAACCAAGAUGAGUGAUGCCGAGUCAUCUGCUUCUGAUUACAACACGGAGCUGGUAGGGGGAACAACUCAGCAAAGAAAUUGGAGGGGGAUCGCCAUUGCCCUGUUGGUGAUUCUGAUUGUGUGUGCCCUUAUUGUCACUGCCAUUAUCCUUGUCACCCCAGAUGAUGACACUAAGAAAGGAAGUGAAGAAGAACGUCAAAAAGAAAAGUUCACCUUUAAUGAUUUCUUUGGACAUGACUACAAGAUUCAUAGCUUUCACCCAAAAUGGAGAGAUGAUGAUUCCUUUGUGUACAGAAAUGAAGAAGGGUCUGUCUUACUUUACAACUGUACUUUCAACGUGACCACAGAACUUCUAGACAAUUCAACAUUUAGAGAGCUGAAUACUGGUGAAUACCACAUCUCCGCUGAUCAGAAGUUUGUCCUACUGCCUUAUGAAGUCCAGGGGAUUUACAGACAUUCAAAGAAGAGCAAAUAUAAAAUAUUAGAAUUGAAAACAAGAGAAAUACGAGACUUUGAUCCAGCUGGAGGACAAAGAUACCAGUAUGUCAGCUGGUCACCCCAGGGACACAGCGUGGUUUAUGUUCAUCACAACUCCAUAUUCUAUUUGGCCGAUCCUUGGGACCAGCGUGCCAUUCCAGAGCUGAUAGCUGAAGAUCCGGGCACAGGAGAAAUAUUUAAUGGUGUCCCUGACUGGGUUUAUGAAGAGGAGAUUAUAUCUUCUGACAAUGCUAUCUGGUGGUCGCCCUCUGGUGACAAAAUCCUUUACGCUGUCUUUAAUGACUCCACUGUCAGACCUUAUUAUUACCCAUAUUACGGCGAUAUGGAAGAUGCAUACGGAACAAACAUGAAAAUUUUUUACCCAAAGCCAGGAUAUGCAAAUCCAACAUUUACACUGAAAAUAAGAAUGCUUGGAACAAGUAACCAGACUUUCAUCUUGAAACCCCCAGAGGAUUUUAAAAAUAAGGACCAUUAUUUUACAACGGUAACUUGGAUCAACAAUAACUAUGCCCUAAUAUCAUGGUUAAAUCGUGCCCAGAAUAAAACUAUCCUGACAAUAUGUAGUGCAAUGGACGGUAAAUGUAAAAAGAAUCAAGAAGAAGAGAGCAGGGGAGGUUGGAUUGAUCUGUACACCCCACCUCGAGUUAGUCCUAAGGCAGACUGGUAUUAUAUGAUUUUUCCCAGACAAGAAUCAGAAUUGGGCUCGUUUAAGCAGGUCCAGAUGGUAGAAGCCUCCGUGAGUAACAUGAACAAGCUGAAUCCUGCUCUGGCACAAAAGAAAUUCCGAACGGGAGGAACAUCAGAUGUAAUGCAGAUUGUGGGCUUGGAUGAUGAAAGUGAAAUUCUGUACUUUAUUGGGGUUCCAAAUGGGGAUUCAAGGAAAAGACACCUUUACAGUGUGAGUACAAAGAUAACUGACAAUUCCAUGCAGGCGACCUGUAUCACGUGUAACUAUAACCCAGACUGUCAGUAUGUGUCAGCCAGCUUCAGCCACUCCGGAAAGUUCUACAUUCUGGGAUGUUUAGGGCCCUCAGUGCCAUUUUAUGUCCUAAAGUCAACGAAAUCCUCCAUAGAUGACAAUUCAACGGAGGUCACAUUUGAAAAUAAUGACCAUUUGAAAAAGAGGCUUGCUAAUAAAGCUCUUCCAGUUGCCAAAUAUGUUGAGAUUCCUAUCAAUGACAAAGAAACAAUGUAUGCAAAAAUGUUGCUACCCCCGAUUUUGGACACAAACCAACACUACACAUACCCCCUACUUUUUAGUGUGUAUGGUGGACCAGACUCACAGAAAGUGACCUACAAAUUCCAGCUUGGCUGGGAGGAUUUCUUGGUAAGCUCAAAGAACUACAUUGUGGCUUAUGCUGAUGGCCGAGGCAGCUCAGGGAGGGGACAAAAAUGGCUCCAUACCAUUUACAAGAGCCUGGGGUCUGCUGAAGUAGAUGACACUAUCAAAGCUGGAAGGUAUUUUAAUGAUAUCUCAUACGUGGAAUCCAGCAAGAAAGCUAUCUGGGGAUGGUCUUAUGGUGGUUAUACAACAGCUGCUGUGAUUGGUCGAGGAAAUGGACUGUUUGAGUGUGGUAUAUCAGUAGCACCUGUUACUGACUGGCAUUAUUACGACUCUGUGUACACAGAAAGAUACAUGGGUAUGCCACAUGAUAAUGUCCUAGGAUACAAGUCCUCUAAUGUUUCACAAUAUGCAGAGAAUUUCAAACAUGUUAAGUACAUGCUAGUCCAUGGAACAGGAGAUGAUAAUGUACACUUCCAAAACUCGGCCCAGUUCAUAAAAGCUCUAGUAGAAAAGGAUGUUUUCUUCAGACUACAGGUUUACACUGAUCAACAACAUGGCUUGCGAGGUGGAAACACGAGGAAACAUUUAUAUGAAAGUUUAGAGGACUUCUUGGGUGAAUGUUUUGAAGGCAAAUCCAAAAAAUUUGAAAUGAAACAAAAAGAACUUGAGAAAACACAAAAGCAAGAACCUGUUAAGUGAGAAUGAAAAAAAAUAUAUAUUUUGGUCAAACAUAAAAUAUUAUCCAGGAGUAAAUUUCAUGCAUUAACAACCAAUCAUCCUGUUUGACUGAUUGAUUGUGUGUUUUGAUAAGUUGGAAAGAUGAAUUUUGAUUGGUAAAUCGAAAUGACCAAUAACAGAACAUGGUUGCUCAUCGAUGAGAAAUCCUAACAUUUUCUAUGUUGCCGCAGAUCAACAUUUCAAGGUGCUACUUGCUGUAUGCACAUAGCUACAAUAGCAAGAUUGUAGCUCAAAAAUAAAGCUGUACACUAGGCUAAACUCUUGCUAACAGCUCAGAGUAUAUGUUAGAGUAUCCCUCCUUUUUUAUACGAAUUAAAAUCUUUAAAUUUAAAUUAAACUCUAUAAACUGUAAUAUGUCAUUUUAGAAAAGGAUAUUAGUCUGUUUUUUUUUCAUGAAUUGUUAAAGCCUUUUUCAUUUUAUGAUUUUUAUUUAAAUGGGUUUAAAUCCUCCAGUAUUACAUGCCUUAAUUCAUGCCAGGCAGGUGAUGAAUAAUUGUAUUCAUUGAAAAAAUGGAAAAUGCCACAUGUUGACUGAUAUACAUGUACUGAUAGUUGAUAGAAAGUCAUCUCACAUAUUAUAUUGUAGUCACAUUUGCAUUCAUGACUUUAUAAUCAAAUGACGAUGCUUCCAAUACAUUUCAAAAUGUACUAUGAUUUGUUUUACUUAGUACAAAAGUUACAAUUACGGUAGUCAUACAUUGCAUCCAUACAUUACAAGAACUGAACAUACAUGUACUUCGAAAUCACUUAUUUUCUUUGGAUUAGAUUUUUUUAAAGAUGGAAAUAUUGGUGCAUGGAAUGUUUAACUCUAUGGUUGAAAUUUUAUAAUAUUUCUUCAUACCACGAAAAAACAAAACAAUGGAAAACGUAUACCAUCAUGAAAAUCUGUGAUUUCACAGUCUGUAUGAUCAUAAUACAAUGUAUGUUGUUUAAAUGUGAAUUUCUGUGCUUUAUACAUGUAUAUUUAUGGAAUUCAUAAGUUUUAAAAAGUCUAAUCUUUGUUUUUAGAAGGAAAUAUGAAUCACCUGUAUUUUAUUAUUAAUUAGCUUAAUAUUCAGUCAUUAUAGUACAAGUAUUACAUAUAUAUUUAUAUUAUGUUUACUUUAAUGGUAUUUAGCAAAUAUUUUACAACAUGUAUAUGCUUUAUUAUAUUUAUUAAGAUUUCUUAUAUUAGCUUCUAUAAUAUAGUAAAGUAAUAUUGAUUGAAUGCCUUUGAAACAUUGGAAAAUUGGCAGGCAUUGAAUUGUUCAUAAAAGAUCAUAAUAAUAUAUGUUUUUGUUGUAAAAUACCAUAUUGGUUUAUACUAAUUAACUCAAGAUGAAAACAUAGCUAAAUAAUAAAAUAUAAUUUUUUUGCAAUAAUGAAAAAAAAAAUAUCCAAGAAAUGUUUAUUGCAUAAAAAAAAUAUCCAAGAAAUGUUUAUUACAUUUAUUUUAUCAAUUAAUUUGUAUCAAUCCUAUGAAUGUUACUAGGUAUAUGUUUUUUCUUGUAACUUUAAAUGGUAUGAUCUCCUAUGUUUACAUCAAUUUGCACAAAGGAAUCCUACAAAUGUUUAUGAGAGAAAUCUGAUAUAUGUUAUCAUUAUAUAUGUAUUUAUCAAGAGAGAGAGAGAGAGAGAGAGAAAACAAGUGUAUAUAAGUAUUAAUAAAAUGAAAACUGUCUCCCUUAGCAUGAAUGGUGAUAAAAGUUAUUGCACAUUUCUCUAUUCAAAAUAUUGAUAGUUUUAACAUUUAAUGAGCAUUUUAUGGGUCUAUUGGAAUUUGAAAAUGAAGAAACAUCUUUUUUUUGUAUGUCAUAUUGCUACAUAAUAAGUGUAGCAAGAUUAAUCAGAAAAGUGCUAUUGAGAUAACAUUUUUAUAAGUGUACAUUAUUGGCACACAGUUAUCCAGCCUUUAUAUUGUGUAAAAUUCUUGUAAUGCCCAAAUUACCAUAUCAAUGUGUUUAGGGCUUAUCCCACAGGCAAUUAUUUCGAUGAUAAAUUUUUAACCCAAAGUAUAAUACAUGUAACAGUAAUGUUAUUAUUAUACUAUGGAUUAAAAAAUUAUCAAAAUAAUUAAGAGCCUGUGGUACAUCCCUGGCAGUGGAAUGUAUUUCUCUUCAGAGUGUGAAAGCAAUUAUAAAAGUGGUUUUCUAUACACAAUCCAAACAUAAAAGUUUCAGCAUUACUGAUAAACAGAGGAUAUGAGAUGAUGAUAUUUGAUAUUGUGUGGGAGAUGUUGAUAUACAUUUAUAAUAGUGUGUGUGAGGUAAUGAUAUAUAAUAUAAAAUUGUGCGUGUUGGAGGUGUUCAUAUACGGUAUUGUGUGGGAGAUUUUGAUCAAUCUGUGAUGGUGUACGAAGUGUUGAUCUGUGAUUUUUAUCCCCCCUUUUUCCUUUUUUUUUCUUAUUGUAGUGUGUAAAUGUUUCACCAAGUCUCAUGAUUUUUAUUGUUACACCUUUAUAUGAUUGUUAUGACAAUUCUAGUGUCACCUAAUAAAACAAAGAAUACUACCACAA